CGCACCUGUUGACGAACCUGCUAACAACACCUGGAGCUAAAAACACCUGUGGAGCUUCUGCACAGUCAGAGAGCGGUUUGUGCGGAUUCAAGCGGAGAGAAAAACAGUUAAUGGAUAAAUUAAAGAAGGUGCUGAGCGGUCAGGAUGAUGGAAACAACGACGGUAACGGAAUACUGGAGAGAGCCAAUCAGGCCUCGACGCUGGCCUGGGGGACGAGAAUGAAGGGCUUCGUGAUCUGCUUCGUUUUAGGCGCCUUCUGCUCCAUCCUGGGCAGCUGUCUGCUGUGGAUCCCUGGUUUCGGCCUCGCUGUGUUCGCUGUCCUCUACAGCGUGGGAAACAUCUGCGCUCUGGCCAGCACCAUGUUCCUGAUUGGUCCGUGCCGCCAGCUGAAGACCAUGUGCGCUAAAGAGCGAGGGUUCGCCACCGCCAUCAUGCUGGUGUGUCUGGUGUUGACGCUUUGUGCUGCAUUCUGGUGGAAAAAUAAUGGCCUCGCUCUGCUCUUCUGCAUCCUCCAGUUUUUGGCGUUCACCUGGUACGGCCUUUCAUACAUCCCCUUUGCCAGGGAUGGUGUCAUUAAAUUAUGUUCGAUGUGUAUCUGAGUGACGGCCUGUCCAACAAAUCAGGACGCAGAACACAGUGCGACGCUUUACCAAUCAGAUUGAAGACUUCAAAUCAGCUGAGCUGUUCCCAUGGAGACCAGUUAGGUUAUCAUGUUAGCAAGUUUCCUGUUACCUGCCAACACUGAUCUGAGGACUUUAUAUUUAUAUUUUUAUAUUUUAAUGCAGCUGCUCAAUUUAUGUUCAGUCGACCACAUUAUUUUAAUUUUUAUUUAAAAUGAAUGAUUCUAUAUUAAUAAUAAUUCUAAUUGAAGGCUUAAAUUCAACAACAAACCAGGUUUAUUUUAAUUGGAAAGAUUUCAAACAAGCAUAAAACAUCAAGAAAAUAUCUUCAAUAAUGAAUUAUUUAAUUUAUUCAGAAAUCAAAAAUCAGAAUGUUGAAUCUCACUCAUACAUUUUUUUUGACAGGUUAAUAAUUUAGGAAAAAUAUAAACAGCAACAUAUAAAAAAAACAAUGCUUUUUUAAUAUGUUGCUAUUUUUAAUUUUUUUUAGCUUCUACUUUUAAUGUUCAGAUAAUUCAAUGCAGUAUUUAUACACUGUAUUUUUACUGCUGUUUGUGUAUAUCUGCUUCGUAUUUACUGGAUUUAUAGUUUUUCACAAUCAUGACUCAUCAGCUGUGAAUUUUAUUUCUCACCACUUCUGAAUGUUACUCUUCAGCAAUAUUCAAAGGAAAAAGUGAAAUAUACAGAAGAAAAUAUAAAGUGUUUGUUUUUUAACCAAAUGAAGAAACGAUGGUCGUAACCUUUUUAUUUCUAGAAAAUCUUUCAAAUUUAGGUUACAGAGGAAAACAGAUAUAAAAUAUCACGCUGAGUGACUUAAAAAAAACAUUCAAAGAGCUUUUAAUUUAAACAAUAUAAACACAAAUUCAGACUAAAAUAAAAUAAAUAAGUUUGUUUCAGAAACCAAACUGAAUGUUUCACAGAUUAUUGCGAUACUGACCUUAUUUGGGCAGAAUUUAUCUUUAUAGGUCUUAAGUUGAAAUCAUACCAAAGGUUUCAAAGUGUCUGUGCAUUUACAGUAAAUUAUCAGCAAACUUCCAGAAAAUUUUCAGGACAUUGUUGACAAAUUCCAAGUAAAUUUAUGGCAAUUCUUCAGUAAAUUUUCUUCAUUUUUCCAGCAAUUUUUUUGGACAAAUUUCCAUGAAAAUGUUAUUGAUAACUAAUGACAUAUCUAUAUAUUGAAGUUUUUGGUAAAUCUACUGUAAAUUCUGAAUACAUUUUCUGGCAAGUAUUUUGUAAAUUUUCAGUAGUUCUACGGUACAUUUCCAGUAAAUUUCUAAAGGCAUACUUUUACUUUGGUUAAAAGUAUGCUGCAGGUCUAUAUAUUUCCAGUCAUUUUUUUGCAAGCCAAUUUCCAGGAUUAUUUCUGGUAAAUUUCUAGUAAAUUUCAAAUAAACUUUUUGUAAGUUAAAUUUCUUGUAAAGGGAAGUUUGUAAAGAGUACCUCAAGGUUUAAAGGCUCUGUCAAUUUCAGGAAAUUUCAGGGAUUUAUUUAAAUGUUUUCACACUUAUGUUCAGUAGUUUUCCAAAAGAAGUUCAGCUCAGAUCUUUUGGAAAUGUGUUUUUUGUCAAUUUUUUUUUUGAUGAUUUCAAUUUAAAAACUGUACCUUUUUUAAAAGUGAACAUGUAUAUUUGGGGAAAGUACAAAAAAAAAAGGUCAGACGACAGGUACAUUCCAGAUAAAUGUUUCAAUUUAAUUGUGGAAAUAAUUUUCACAUUUGUCUUAACAAUUACAACAUAAUUGUGAACUUAUUAAUAGGAAGAGGAAGUCUGUGGAGAGGAAAAGUCUUUUAUUUUGAAGGAGGACUUUUGUUUGUCGUGUGUUUAUGAUGGCUUAGUAAACAACUGUCCUUUAACCACUUAAACCAGUUCCAGAAACAUUUCACUGUUGGCCUUUUCUGCUAUGUAACUUUAUAAAUGUUUGAUUUUAUUUCUUUCGAACAAAUGUAAUAAAUAUUUAAGUGUUUGAAAAAAAACAAAGAUGUAAAGUGUGUGUGUGUGUGUCUGUGUGUCUGUGUCUGUGUGUGUAUGUAUGUGCUGUUUACCUGUCCAUCCUCUUUAUGCCUGUUAAGUCUGUAAAGCCUGUAAUCUCCGGUAGCUGAUUAAAACACACACACACACAGCAUGCAGGUGUCAUGUGUCGCCGUGUGUUUCCAGAUGUUGACCCGU